UUAAAGAUUUUGAGUCCCACUCAAGACACAAGGUAACGAAGAAGAGUGGAAGCCGCUUUCUUUGGUUGCGCAAGAAGGACUUGUACUCUAUUCGAGCUCGCGCAGUCAGGCACAAGAUCGAAAUGGCGGCGCCAGCGGAGAGGAUGGAGGUUUCUCAGGGGGAAAACGUGGCAAAGCCUGCUGCUGAAGAUAUGACGUCAAAGGAUUAUUACUUUGACUCGUAUGCUCACUUUGGCAUCCAUGAGGAGAUGCUCAAGGAUGAGGUCCGGACUCUGACCUACCGCAACUCAAUGUUCCACAAUAAGCAUCUGUUUAAAGACAAGGUGGUGCUGGAUGUGGGCAGCGGCACGGGUAUCCUCUGCAUGUUUGCUGCGAAGGCCGGAGCCAAGAAAGUUAUAGGGAUUGAGUGCAGCAGUAUCUCAGACUACGCUGUGAAAAUAGUAAAGGCUAACAAGAUGGAUGAUGUGGUAACUAUUAUCAAAGGGAAGGUAGAAGAAGUGGAUCUACCUGUGGAUGGAGUCGAUAUCAUCAUAUCUGAGUGGAUGGGCUACUGCCUUUUCUAUGAGUCCAUGCUCAAUACAGUUAUCUAUGCUCGUGACAAAUGGCUGAAGCAAGACGGGCUCAUUUUCCCAGACAGGGCAACCCUUUACGUGACCGCAAUUGAAGACAGGCAGUACAAGGACUACAAAAUCCACUGGUGGGAGAAUGUGUACGGAUUUGACAUGUCAUGUAUCAAGGAGGUGGCCAUUAAGGAACCCCUGGUCGAUGUAGUGGACCCCAAGCAGCUGGUCAGCAGCGCUUGUCUCAUCAAGGAGGUGGAUAUAUACACGGUGAAGCCAGAAGAUUUAACCUUCACAUCACCAUUCUGCUUGCAAGUAAAAAGGAAUGAUUACAUCCACGCUCUUGUUACCUACUUCAACAUCGAGUUCACCAGCUGCCACAAGCGGACCGGCUUUUCCACCAGUCCGGAGUCCCCAUACACCCAUUGGAAGCAGACAGUCUUCUACCUGGAUGAUUACCUGACUGUCAAGAUCGGGGAAGAGAUCUCGGGCACUAUCAGCAUGAAGCCGAAUGUCAAAAACAAUAGAGACCUGGACUUCACUGUAGAUCUCGCCUUCAAGGGCCAGUUGUGUGACGUGUCCAAGACGUCGGAGUACAGGAUGCGUUAGGAAUCUCGAAUCUCCCUCCGCCCUGUGUAUAGUUUGUCUUUAGAGGCUGACAAUUAUGGUUUGACAGAGAGUUCUAAAAAGCUCCCCCUGCAGCAACAUUUUAAAAGAUUAUUAUUUUUUUUGCUUAAAUGUUUGCCAUAUUUAAACAUUUUUCCGUCUUUUUGGGAGAGUGAGUUGGCAUUGAAAUUCAUUGUGCAGUAGUCAACAGUAUGCAUGUUUUGUGUCCAGUUUCUUGGGGUUCCCUUUUGUUCUUUGCACAAUAGGAGUCCGAAGACGCACACUCAUGACAAAACUGCUCGGACAGUCACGUAGGCCACUUUUGACUGUGUUGAAACUGCAAAUAUGUAGGUUGUUGGUUUUCUGUUCAAAAGAUGGCUCCUCUAAAUCCAGCGACAGUUCUGGUCGGACUAAAAUUACAUUUCAAGAGGAAUCCCAUAGUGAAGCCAUGGAUUUUAAAGUGGAGAGGCUAUCUCUAGUGCGACGGCGUAUCAGGGUCAAAGGGUGGUGGGGCAGGAACACUACAAGAAUAAAUUCAUAAUGUUACGAGAUUAAAUUGGAAAUAUUACAUGAAUAAAGAAUAGAAUAAAAUCAUAAUACUAUUAGAAAAAAGUAACAAUAUUAGUCAAAAACAUAAUAUAACGACCAGUAACGUAAUAUUUUAUGUUACAUAAUAUGUAGGGAUGCUGUAUGGCUAGCUGCUACAUACUUUACAAAGCUCUGAUCCACUUUCCUUGAACAUAAAUUGCGAGCUCAACGAAGUCUUGGUAUAAAUCUUUAUUGAUAAUAAUUUGAUAUAGAUGUGCCAAAAGAUAGAUUUCCUUAUUUGUGAAAUCGAUUGUAAAAUAAAGCCUCACGAGAUGGUCUCAAUAUUGUUCAUUUCUAUGAAGGCUGUGAUUUAGCUAAAUUAGCCGUACUGCACCAAAUAUAUAUUUUGUAACUUAGAUGCGUAAUUUAACUAUAAUCUCGUAAUGUGACUUUAUUCUCGUAAUAUUUUGAAUUCAUUUCGAUCCUAUUUUUUUCUUUGUUUUGCUCUAAUACUCUGUCAUACUGGAUAAACUGGCAUUUGAGAUCUUAAACUCUAUUUCAAUCUUGAUUGGCAGUGCCUUGUGCUCUAUAGUCCUGUAACAAACUAGGAUUUGUCCUGUUUUGUGACGUGUCCAUCGCCAAGCCAGCAGCCCUCCCCAGAUUUUUUUUUUUUUUUUUUGCAGGUUAAACAGUUCGAAAUUUUGCAAACCAAACAACACCCAAUGUUAAACUUUCUAUUGUUUUCUUAAUGGUAUGUUUUCAUUAGUGCUGGGCCCGAAAGAAGAAAAGACUGCCUGGUUCCAGCUAGUUGCACAGCUACAUGGGUGUCUUGGAGCACCUGUGUUCGAGUAUGCCUUCAUAUUUUUGUAUGAGGCUAUUUGAGUCUGUCAAAAGUGAAGUAACUGUUGGCACAGGACUGACAUGACUCACCACACUGACCUUUAUUUGGGGUUGUAUUUUGUCUGCUUUUUUUAUAUAGUGAAACUAAAUCUGUAAAUUAAACUUUUUUGCAUCAGC